GGGUAGCUUUGAGGGGCGGGCUGGGCGCCUCUACCCGUGCCGCGGCGGGCACGGUGCGCUCCCGUGAGGGGAGCGCUGCAGUCAGGCUUUUCCCUACGUACUUUUCCACCAGCCCAUGCUUCCCCCGGAGCAGCCGCGGUAGCUCCUUCGCUCGCCGGGCUGAGGGCGGUGGUGCCGCUGGGGAGCGCCGGCGGGAUCCGGCCCGCGCCGCCCGGGACGGGUGCUGCCGCUGCCGAGCGGGAUAAAACCUGUCCCGGCUGUCUCCCCGUCCCUUCAGCGCCCUCACUGCCCCGCGCGCGGAGCCUGGGAGCCGCUGGAGGUAUUGACCAUGAAGACAUUGGUACCAGCUGUGGCUGUGUGGGGGAGAACAGCUCCCUCUCACAGCAUUACUGCUGUGAUGAUCACAGAUGACCAGCAGACCAUAGUUACAGGAAGCCAAGAAGGACAGAUUUGUCUCUGGGAUCUUUCAUCAGACUUACAGAUUUCAUCUAAAGAAAUUCUCUUUGGCCAUACUGCUUCUGUAACUUGUUUGGCAAAAGCAAGAGAGUUUGAGAAACAGCCAUAUGUAGUAAGUGCUACUGAAAAUGGGGAGAUGUGUAUUUGGAAUGUCGCUAGUGGACAGUGCAUUGAGACCACAAAGCUUCCUUAUAGGCAUACAGCGAUCCAUUAUUACCAUUGCUCAUUCCGAAUGACAGGUGAAGGCUGGCUUCUUUGUUGUGGAGAAUAUCAAGAUGUUCUUAUUAUUGAUGCUAAAACUUUGUGCGUUCUUCACACUUUAUCAUCAUCUCAGUCUUCUGAUUGGAUAAAUUGUAUGUGUAUUGUGCACUCUGCGAGAAUUCAAGAGGACUCUUUGGUUGCAGUGUCUGUAGCUGGAGUUCUCAAAGUGUGGGACCUAUCUUCAUCUCUGAAUAGCAUUCAGGAGAAACAAAGUGUGUAUGAGAAGGAAUCAAAAUCUCUGGACUGUUUAAAUUGUCAAGCAGUAAGAUUUUGUACUUACACGGAAAGGCUCCUUCUUGUUGUGUCCUCCGUGUGCUGGCAGGUCUACGAUUAUUGUGAUUUCUCCUUGCUUUGUACUGAGUUCUGUAAGAGUGGUCAGUGCUUUGCUGGUGGGGAAGUGCUGGCAGCUUACAGACUUAUCAUCUGGACAGAAGAUGGCCACAGUUACAUCUACCAGCUGCUAAACAGUGGCCUUUCUAAAAGCAUGUACCCUGCUGAUGGGAAGGCGCUGAAGGAAACGGUUUAUCCUCAUUUACUCAGCUUUACUGGUAUGAAGGAAAAUAAGAGUCUUCCUUUUGUCAUGGGCUUCAUGAAUGAAAGAAAGGAGCCUUUCUACAAGGUUCUUUUUUCUGGUGAAGCUUCAGGGCGGAUCACUUUGUGGCACAUUCCUGAUGUUCCUGUGUCAAUGUUUGAUGGUUCUCCAAAAGAGAUCCCAAUUACAACCAUUUGGACACUUCAGGAUAAUUUUGAUAAACAUCGUUCCAUGUCAGAAGGCAUUAUUGAUCAACUUUGUGGAUCUGAAGAUGGAUUUGGAAGUGCAGUUGUCAGUUCCUCUGUGUACAUACCUGGUCUUGAUAAGCUUGUGUGUGGAUGUGAAAAUGGGAAGAUUUUUGUAACAUCAGGUUUAAAAACUGCAAGAGCAAGACUUUUAGAAAACCUUUUUUUUAAAGAUAAUCUACCUUAUAAGGUUCUGAAUGGUCACAGUAGCAGAGUCACUUGCUUACUUUAUCCACAUGACACAUCAGUAAGGUUUGACCCAAGCUGGCUGUUAUCAGGGGGCCAGGAUUCUGUCGUGAUCUGCUGGGAUAUAUUUACUGGAGGCAUCCUACACCAGUUUAAUCUGCAGUCUGGUGCAGUGACAGAGCUCUUGCGAUCCCCAGAACACUACAGAUUAAAAGACCAGAGUAUAGUGUGCUGUGUGUGCAGUGACCAUUCAGUAGCAAUUCUACACCUUCAGAAGAGACAAUGUCUCUUACAUGCCAGAAAGCAUCUGUUUCCUGUGAAGAAGAUAAAAUUUGACCCUCUUGAGAAUGUGCUAGUUGUUGGAUGUGAAGACAAUUCCGUUUAUAUUUGGGAAAUUGAAACAGGCACACUGGAACGGCAUGAAACUGGUGAAACAGCAAGAGCAAUUCUUAGUGCCCUUGAAGAUUCAGAAUGCUUAGUUUCAGAUGCUCUACUUCCUGUAUCUCAGGAGUCAAAACGAAGCAAGAAUUCUGGAUACAAACACUUCAGCUCAUAUAAGCAUGGCAUGGGCCUUUAUCUUGCUCAUACAGAGAAAUCUCCAGAUAAGUUGACUGAUACCAGGUGCAUCCAACAGCCCUUUACUAUUUUACCAGCUAAGACAAAAUGGAACAAUGCAAACUUUCAUAUUCUCUUAUUUGACCUGGAAAAACUUGAGGAACUUCUCUCAUCUCAACUCAAUGGAUUAAAGUCAUCAAAAUCAUUCCACAACCAAUGCACUCUAGAAAGAGCUAAAAGUACUACUGAGAAAAGGGCACUGACAUUAAAAAGAAAUAAAACGGCUGCCUUUGUACCUCAAGUAGAUGGGCAGGCAGAGACUGUUUGUUCGGACCAAGUUUAUAGAGAUAAUAACGCAGCUAGGCCUGUGGAAGAAAGUGGUGGCACGAAAAGACGGAAAAAAAUGAAAAGUUCAAGAAAGAUCAGAAUGCAGCCAUCAGGAAACAUCGAUGUGAACGUUGCCACUGAUACAGCUAAACUGCUUUUGUCAUGCCUCCUACCAUGGGGUGUAGAUAAAGAAAUAGACAGUCUCUGUGCAAGAAACUUGGAUAUCUUGAGGCUUCAGUGUCCUGUUUCUUUUGGACUUGUUUCAAAUGAAAGCCACCUCUCACUGAUGUUGCCAGGAUGGAAGUGUACUGAUUGUGGAGUGCUAGGAGAGCAUGAAGUUUUCAAUUUGUUUUCAAAAAGAGUCCUUGAUUUAUCAAAUAAAUACCUUGCUGCAACUGAUGGACAAUCUGGAAAGAAGGAUGGACCUGAGAAUGAUGAUUAUGGACACUUGGAAACAGUAUUUUUCUUGUUCAGCAGAAUAGCUUUAAUCAACGGGAUAAUUAACACACCUUCAGCAGUUACCAGUGAAAUUGAAAGCCCACAGAAACCAGAAUCUGUACAUGACAAGUGGCGAAAUGUAGAAGCGAUAACACUUUCAUGCCCCAGUUUUUAUGGAGACUUACCAAGCAGUAAGAGUAGAUAUCAUUCCCCAGACUUUGGGAACAUUUCAUUGCUGAAACUCAUUUGUCGUUGGAAUGACCAAUCUGUAAAGAUCAUUGAGGCAAUGCAAGCAGUGCUGCUGGCAGAAGUUCAAAGGACUAUUAAUCCCUUGAGAAAGACGACAAGUUGCAGAGAGCCAUUGGCCAUAGUAGAGAAUGGAAAUGGUAACUGUAUCUUCUACCUUCAGUUGCACACCUGUAUCAGUUGAAUAUGGGGGAACUUAGAAGCAUGGUAAAGCAAGAAAAGUCAAUAAAUAUGAAGGCCUUUUUCUUGGAGAUUAUAACACAAUCUGGGAUGAAAAAACAUUGAAUCCAAAAUAUUUUUUUGAUUAAAAAUUUGAUCUAGAUCUAGGAAGUCAUUGGCCAGCAUAAUUUUAGUCCAAACAGAAUCUAGAAGUACCCUGGAAAAAUUAAAAAGAACUGAUGAUCUGAAAUUUUAAUUCUGUGAUGAUUAAAAUAGGAAGCAUAAAUGACGUUGCAGUAAGAAACACGUUUGGGGAAUUUGAGAAUACUAAAUUUGAAGAGAAAUUUAGCCAUGAGAUCUUAACAAGCCAUACUACAGUAUGGAAAAUUGGAAACCAUAAAUGGCAGAUUGAUUCUUAAAGGGAGCUGUGCAGUUCAGCAUUAUCCCUCUGGAAUGAUUUCAUCCUUUUUAAAAGAAGGAGCCAAAGGUCACAUUGGUCUUGCCCUUGAAGCAGACAAUAUGAGAUGUCAGCUUGUGCUUUCUGACACUGCAUAUGAUGAAUAACCUUGACGUAGUAAUAAACAAAUAACCUAUA